AUGGACCCGGUAGGAGUCGCCGCCGCCCCCGACGCCGGGCCGGGCCCCGCCUGGCGGAGCAAGUGUCCGUGGGGAGCCCCGAACACAACAUCAAUAUCGUGUUCCCUUGCUGAUGUAAUGAGUGAACAGUUGGCGAAAGAGCUGCAGCUGGAAGAAGAAAAUGCUGCUUUUCCUGAAGUGGUUGCUGUUGCUGAAGGACCUUUUAUUACAGGAGAAAAUAUUGACACUUCUAGUGACCUAAUGCUAGCUCAGAUGCUGCAGAUGGAAUUUGACAGGGAAUAUGACGCACAGCUUCGGCGUGAAGAGAAGAAGAUUAAUGGAGACAGCAAAGUCUCCAUAUCUUUUGAAAAUUAUCGGAAGGUGCAUCCCUAUGACAGUGACAGCUCGGAGGAUGAGGUUGAUUGGCAGGAUACCCGUCAUGAUCCUUAUAGAGCAGAUAGACCCACUACUACCCCAAGAAAGGGCUUUGUAGGAAAAGGAAAAGACAUUACUACUAAACAUGAUGAAGUGGUAUGUGGAAGAAAGAACACUGCUCGCAUGGAAAAUUUUGCCCCUGAAUUCCAAGUUGGGGAUGGAAUUGGGAUGGACUUAAAGCUGUCAAAUCAAGUCUUCAAUGCCUUAAAGCAACACGCAUACUCUGAGGAACGUCGAAGUGCAAGGCUCCAUGAAAAGAAGGAGCACUCUACUGCUGAGAAAGCAGUGGAUCCUAAAACACGUUUACUUCUGUACAAGAUGGUCAACGCUGGGAUGCUGGAGACCAUCACAGGCUGCAUCAGCACAGGAAAAGAAUCUGUUGUAUUUCAUGCAUAUGGAGGAAAAAGUGCAACUGAAGAUAAAGUUAUACCUCCAGAAUGUGCCAUCAAAGUGUUUAAAACAACUCUUAAUGAAUUCAAGAACCGUGACAAAUACAUUAAGGAUGACUACAGAUUUAAAGACCGCUUCAGUAAAUUGAAUCCACGAAAGAUUAUUCGUAUGUGGGCUGAGAAAGAAAUGCAUAACUUAACAAGAAUGCAAAAUGCAGGAAUUCCUUGUCCUCAAGUGGUUAUCCUUAAGAAACACGUCUUGGUUAUGUCUUUCAUUGGCCAGGAUCAAGUCCCAGCUCCUAAACUAAAGGAUGUAACUCUUAGUAGUGAAGAUAUGAAAAAGGCCUACUAUCAGAUUCUUAAUAUGAUGCAACAGUUGUAUAAGGAAUGCAACCUGGUCCAUGCAGAUCUGAGUGAAUAUAACAUGCUUUGGCAUGAUGGGAAGGUCUGGCUUAUUGAUGUCAGUCAGUCUGUGGAGCCAACCCAUCCACACGGACUUGAGUUUUUGUUCAGAGACUGUAGGAAUGUUUCACAGUUCUUCCAGAAAGGAGGUGUGGCAGAAGCACUUAAUGAGCGUGAACUCUUCAAUGCUGUCUCAGGUUUAAAUAUUACAGCUGACAAUGAAGUAGACUUCCAAGCAGAGAUUGAAGCUUUGGAGAAGAUGAAUGAAGAUCACGUGCAGAAUCAUGGAAAGAAACUGUCAACAUUUUCAAGCGAUGGAGACCCACCUAUAUAUGAUGAAUAGCACUGAGCGUAUAGCUGCUAACGAAACACAAAUUUACUGCUUCUGACGAUGUUGGUGCAGUGGUAAAUGUCAACUACCAAUGUCAAGAGAGAGUGGUUGACUGGGAAUACCAAAAUGGAAAACACAGCGAGCAUACGGUGAUGCCUCAGUGUUGUUUUUUUUUAACUUAGCCCACACAUCAGGCUGGUGCUGUGAGAGUGGACUGUCACUACCUCUUCAGAUGGUCUGACAACUUCACCAAUUGCCCAUUACGUUAGACUAAUGUAGCGGAGGUGGUCAUAUUUUGCAUGAUUCAGAGCUUAUAUGUUUUAGUUUAGACAAUCUAGAUGAUUUUUUUUUUAAAGUAUUUAGUGGGAAAGCACGCUAGGAGAGUCCCUCUUUUUUUCCUAUUGCUACUUGAAAAACUAAUUAAAAAUUGUGCUUGGACACAGUGUCAGUGAACCUUUCAUCCUUCUCAGCCAAGGGCAAAAUGAAAAGUUGAACUAUGUGCUGCAAUCACAUGAAAAUGUUAAUUUAACAAACUGAUGUCUUAUAUAUGCAAAAGUCUGGACCUUUUUGUUUGAAGUACAUGGAAUGUGGCUCUAACUAUCUCUGUAAAUACAAUUGGGUAUUACAUGAGAAACAGAUUUGAAUCCAACCAGCAGAGGACUUUGGUGACAUGCCAAGAAAUCCUGAGGGCUGCAUCCAAGUUGCAGAACAAAGAGUUAAGU